AUGGGAGGGGUGUUGAGUGGUGGCGACACCCGCUCCAAUGUGCUGACCGGUGCCGCUGCACCACACAGAGCCCUGACUUUGGCUACAGCUCAGGGGAAUAUCCUGGAGAAUAAGGAGCUGAUCGACUCUCUGAACCAGACCAAGUCUAGCAGCGCCCUCAUACAGGACUCACUGAGGGAGUCACACAGACUCCAGGCCUCCCUGGACCAGGAGCGUGAUGCCUACCUGCCGUUAGCUGAAAGUGCCAGUAAGAUUUAUUUUGUCAUAACGGACCUCUCUAGGAUCAACAACAUGUACCGGUUCAGCCUGGCCUCUUUCCUACGCCUGUUUCAGAGAGCACUGCAGAGCAAGAAGACUCCUCUCACCUCCCAUUAG